UAUUAACAAAUAGCACGAACGAUGUAAGGGAUUAUUAUUAGAUCCCGAAGCGAUUCUUUUGGUGCGUGCGAGAGAGCGAACUUUAGAGAGGAGGGGAGUUACGUAGGGAGGGGAGAGGAGAAGAGAAGAGGAGAGAGAGGGAGGAGAUCUGAAUUAUUAGGGUUUUGAAAUUCAAGUCCCAGGAGCGACCACCUACGAGAGGAGUGAUAGAGAGCUAAGAUUUCCUUCUUCUGUUUCUUUUGAGUCUUCUAAGAGAACUGAGAGAGAGCUAAGAUUAUCACUUUCGAUUUUAGGGUUUCUCUUUUUUGCUUUCUUGUCAUCACCAAACAGCAACACAAGGGGUCUUCUUUGUAGUUGUUUUGAAUGGACCGAAAGCUUGUGGUUUUGGGUAUUCCAUGGGAGAUUGAUACCGAGGGUUUGAGAGAAUAUAUGACCAAAUUUGGUGGAUUAGAGGAUUGUAUUGUUAUGAAGGAACGGUCAUCAGGUCGAUCUCGUGGUUUUGGAUAUGUUACUUUUGUGUCGGCUGAAGAUGCUAAGGCUGUGCUAUCAAGUGAACACUUUCUUGGUAAAAGAAUGCUGGAAGUUAAAGUGGCUACCCCAAAGGAGGAGAUGCGAGCGCCUUCAAAAAAAGCGACUAGGAUAUUUGUGGCCAGGAUUCCACCAUCUGUGACAGAAACUACCUUUCGAAGUCAUUUUGAGAAAUAUGGGGAGAUAAUAGACCUAUACAUGCCAAAAGAUCAUAGUUCGAAAGCACAUCGUGGAAUUGGGUUCAUCACAUAUGCAAGUGCAGAUUCUGUGGAUAAUUUGAUGGCUGAAACUCAUGAAUUGGGAGGCUCUACUGUAGUUGUAGAUCGAGCAACGCCUAAGGCAAAUGAUUUUAGGCCAAAUGGAAGAAUGGCUCCUGGUGGAUAUGGUGCAUACAAUGCUUAUAUUUCUGCGGCUACUAGAUAUGCAGCUCUUGGUGCUCCCACCUUGUAUGAUCAUCCUGGACCAUUCUAUGGAAGAGGGGAAUCAUCUAGAGGAAUGGGUAAAAAGAUCUUUGUUGGAAGGCUUCCUCAGGAAGCAAGUGCUGAAGAUUUGCGCCAGUAUUUUGGUAGAUUUGGCCACAUAUUAGAUGUAUAUGUUCCCAAGGAUCCCAAGAGAACUGGCCACAGAGGUUUUGGAUUUGUAACCUUUGCUGAAGAUGGUGUAGCAGAUCGUGUAUCUCGAAGAUCUCAUGAGAUUUGUGGACAUCAGGUUGCAAUAGAUUCAGCCACACCUAUUGAUGAUGCUGGUCCAAGCGGAAAUUUCAUGAUGAGUGGUCCUGAACCUUUUGGGAGUUAUGCUGGUCCCAUGCGCAACUUUGGCAGGAUGUAUGGAACCCUGGAUUACGAUGAUGCAAGUGCAUAUAUGGUUCCUUCUAAAUGGGGUUAUGGAAUGGGGAGUGCAAGACCUUCAAGGGCAGAUUGGAGGUACAGGCCAUACUAGACAAAAGAUGGUGGCCUUGGAAAACUAGGACUGUCCACUGAAUUCUUAAUGACAUGUCAGUGUCAGCUAGUUGUGUAUCUUCUGUGUGUUGAAGUUUCUUCAAUAAUAGUAUAAUUAUUUAAUGUUGACAUUUUUCCUGCUAUGGAGAAUCCUGAACUUAUAAAAGCUUCAAGCGCCAGAUUGUUUAUUAUGUUAAUGCUGCUGGCAUGUACUUCGUAGGAAUGUAGCAAGGGAUCUACAAGAUGUGGCCUGUGUACCAUGUAGGUUUGAACUGCGAAUGGGAAUUCUCCUUGUGUUGAUAGGAAUUCUCCUUGUGAUGAUCUUAGAUUUUUUUCAAUUAUCAUUAUAAUUAUCAUUGCUGGUCACACAUUUGGAAAUCAA